UGUGGAAAUGUGGGAACAUUCAUUCAACAUUGUUCAUUUCCCGCGCUUGCCAAGCCAAACAGAUACCAAAACCCCAAACCCAAAAUGGAAGAAGAAGAACAACAACAACAACACAACCCCAACCCCUGCCCCUGGGAAGCACUAGAUAUAGACUUAGACGAUGAAGAAGAGAACCACUCACAUUCACUACUACCGAUUCUCCAACGCUGCUCUCAAACCCUAACCACUCAGUCCCAAUCCCAAUCCCAAACCUCGAAGUCAAAGUCUUCCUCGCCUCCGCUCAUUCCAGGCCCCGCCGGAGAUCUUCAAUCUGCAAUGCACCACCGCAGAAGGACCCAAGAGGAAUUGGUCCCUACUCAGGAGUUCAUAAGGAGAGUUGUCGAAAAUCCUCAUCGCCACGAUGAUCAUGAUUUCUCUACCAAUCCCUGGCUUUGCGCUCUCGAUUUUCUUAGCCAUCAAGGUAACGGUGUGGCGACAAGGACGACUCUUAGCUCAAUCAAGAAUGGGCUUAAUUCGGAGAGAGUGGCUCAGGUUGUUGCCAUUAUCAAAUCGUGCACACCAAAUGGUCUCGGUGACAUGAUGGUGACUCUGAAGGAUCCUACAGGUUCAAUCAAUGCUAGCAUACACCACAAAGUUCUUAGUGAGGGAGAGUUUGCAAAGGAUAUAUCUGUUGGUGCAGUUUUAGUCCUCCAGAAGGUUGCUCUGUUCUCCCCUUCACGCUCUGCACACUACCUGAAUAUAACACUAAGCAACUUGGUCAAGGUCAUUUCAAAGGAGAGUGCGCCUCCAGUAAAACAAAAACUUUCUGCAUCACCAAUCAAACACACUGCUCCUGAACCUGAAUGCAGUAAAAAGUCCUGGAUACCACACAGAACGUUUUCUCUGUCACAGAAUGGAACUGAAGGAAUCAUGAAUAGCCUCAGACAAACUUCUAAUUCGUUUGUAUCUGCCCAUAAUGAUAAGGAGAUGGAGAGAGGAAAUGCAGCAGUACAACGUGACUGCUUUGGCAAUGGAAACAAAAGAAACCAAAAUGAUGUUGUAGAGAAAGAACCCUUAUCAGCGAGACUUGGUACGGUCAAUGGAAUCACUGCAGUGGCUUCUAGAAAGGAAAUCUUUUGUAGUGACGAAGAAAUUGUGAUGAGUGACAAACCCAACUCUUCUAAACAGACUGAAGGAGGCAAUCCAUUACGCAACAACCAAGCCAGUAGUAAUGCAGCAAACUUCAUUGAUGUUCCUGAUGAUCAAGAAAGUGGUCGGAUAACUGGAGUUAACAAGAAGGAUCAGCCAUUAAUUUCAAGUACAUCACUCCCACAGUGGACAGAUGAACAGUUGGAUGCGCUUAUGGAGAUGGAAUUUGACUGAGGUAACGAUGGGUCUUUUCUACAGCUUUUCAUUUUGUCACAAUCAUAAUCAGAGAAGGUGACAUUGAUCCUGAAAGUGUACAGAUUACACGUUGUACUGUUUUCCAUCUAUUGUAAAUGUUUUCAAAUGAUGAAAGCUUAGAAAUCAGAGUCUCGGUUCAGUUUA